UUCCUAACUCCUACCCUGUGUCUGUGGCAGACACCCUGCUCCGCUGAGUUUGGGUGCUGUUACUCCAGAAAAUCUAGUCAUCUGCAGAAAGUUUCAGCUACCUUCUGUCCUGGGAUAUACUGUAACAAACCAUUUCACCCAAGGCAUUGUUCCCUCUGGUUCAGCUCAGGGGAGUAUCAACAUCUUAGGGGUGUUAUCAAGAUUGUUAACAAGACAAACGCAGCAGCUCUUACAAUAGACAAUGGUCAAAGAGGUCCGUUAUCUGCCUUAGUCCCCGCCCACCCCCACAUUCCCAGCACCACACUCUCAACUCCCGAGUCCAGCAAGCUGGUAUGCAUGGCAGACCUUAAACCCAGUGAUGGAGUUUAUCAUCUCAAAUCAGACUAUGGAAAUGACAUUAGACAAAAAGCAAAUUUGAGCGAUUUUCUUAUUCAAGUUCGAAAUGGGUCAUAAAGCAGUGGCGACAACUCGCAACAUCAACAAUGCAUUUGGCCCAGGAACUGCUAAUGAACUGACAGUGCAAUGGUGGUUCAAGAAGUUUUGCGAAGGAGACAAGAAACUUGAAGAUGAGGAGCACAGUGGCCAGCCAUCAGAAGUUGACAACGACCAGUUGAAAGCAAUCAUCAAAGCUGAUCUUACAACUACACGAGAAGUUGCGAAAGAGCUCAACAUCAACCAUUCUGUGGUCAUUCAGCAUUUGAAGCAAAUUGGAAAGGUAAAAAAGCAUGAUAAGUGGGUGCCUUAUGAACUGAGUGAAAAUCAAAAAAACUGUCAUUUUGAAGUGUCAUCUUCUUUUAUCCUAACACAACAACAACAAACCAUUUCUCGAUCAGAUUGUGAUGUGUGAUGAAAAGUAGAUUUUAUGCAACAACCGGUGACAACCAGUUCAUUGAUUAGACUGAGAAGAAGCUCCAAAGCACUUCCCAAAGUCAAAUGUGCACCAAAAAAGAGCUCACGGUCACUGGUGGUCUGCUGCUGGUCUGAUGCACUACAGGUUUCUGAAUCCGAGCGAAACCAUUAUAUAUGAGAAGUAUACUCAGCAAAUCAAUGAGAUGCCCAGAAAACUGCAACACCAGCAGCUGGCAUUGGUCAACAGAAAGGGCCCAAUUCUUCUCCAUGACAACGCCCAACUGCACAUCACACAAUGCCUCAAAAGUUGAAUGAAUUGGGCUACAGAGUUUUGCCUCAUCUGCCAUAUUCACUUGACCUCUCGCCAACUGACUACCACUUCUUCAGGCAUCUCGACAACUUUUUUGCAGGGAAAACACUACCACAACCAGCAGGAUGCAGAAAAUGCCUCCCAAAAGUUUGUCAAAUCCCAAAGCAUGGAUUUUUAUGCUACAGGAAUAAAUAAACGUAUUUCUCAUUGUCCAAACUGUGUUGAUUGUAAUGGUUACUAUUUUGAUUAAUAAAAAUGUGGGGCUGGGCGCAGUGGCUCACACCUGUAAUCCCAGCACUUUGGGAGGCUGAGGCGGGCGGAUCACAAGGUCAGGAGAUCGAGACCAUCCUGGCUAACAGGGGGAAACUCCAUCUCUACUAAAAAUACAAAAAAUUAGCCAGGCAUGGUAGUGGGCGCCUGUAGUCCCAGCUACUCGGGAUGCUAAGGCAGGAGAAUGGUGUGAACCUGGGAGGCGGAGCUUGCAGUGAGCUGAGAUCGCGCCACUGCACUCCAGCCUGGGCAACAGAGGAAGACUCCAUCUCAGAAAC